AUGGCGCGUAUCCUGCCGACGGUAUUGACUUACAGAUCCGGAAUUUCGCUUUAUGACUCGCAGUUCGAUCCAGAGACAGGAGAGCAAGUUCCAAUCCCAGACGAUAUCAUUAGCGACAUAGUCACGGUCUUUAAUCGUUUCCUGAUUGUCUGCAACGAUAUGGGAGUUCAUCGGAACAACAUUCAUGUUGUUGCCACAGAAGCGACACGCAAAGCUAUCAAUUCGGCCAAGUUUCUGGAAAUCAUCAAAGAAAAGACUGGCUUGUCCAUAGAAAUGCUACCCAAAGAAGUGGAAGGCCAGAUCGGCGCACUGGGCAUUGCGAGCGGAUUCAGAAAUCUAGCCGGCCUUGUCAUGGAUCUGGGAGGAGGCAGCACACAAAUCACCUGGAUGGUGAGUCAAGGGGGCCAUAUCAGAAUCAGCCCUGUUGGCAGCUUUAGCUUUCCGUAUGGCGCAGCCGCUCUGAGCAGACAGUUGGGCGAUUUGAAGAAGGGCAAGAGAAAGAAAGAUGGAGAGGCCGCCAUUGCUCGAUUGCGACAGGAAAUGGUGGAAAAUUUUAGAGAUGCCUAUAACCAUCUACAAAUCCCCGACAGCUUGGUUGAUAAGGCCAAGCGAGAGGGAGGAUUUCGCAUCUAUCUGUCGGGCGGCGGAUUUCGGGGCUGGGGCUAUCUGUUGCUAUACCUCAACCAGUCUCACGGCAAGCAUUAUCCAAUCUCCAUCAUCAAUGGAUACACGGUUGGCCGAGAACAAUUUGAAGAUACCGAUACAGUGAAAAACAUAGCCAAAGCGGCAAAGGAUGUCUUUCGAGUAUCCGAUCGUCGGCGAUCUCAGGUUCCUGCGGUGGCAUUCCUGGUCAAUGUCUUGGCUGAGGCUAUUCCUCAUGGAAUAAGGGAAGCUCACUUCUGCCAAGGCGGCGUACGAGAAGGGUAUCUAUUCAGGACUCUUUCUCCCGACGUCAGGGAACAGUCUCCAUUGCAAGUGGCAACUAUGAACUUUGCACCUACUUCUUUUCUCAGCAUCCAGGAGUUGAUCAAGCGUGCCAUUCCGAAACCUUCCAAGAAUCUGACCAAACGGUUUCCCGAAGAAUUCGGCGAGCAUGUCAUUGAUUCCUUUGCCAACGUUAUAUAUGUGCAUAUGUUUAUGUCCAAAGAGACGGCAUCGACGACUGCGCUUUACUCAACUAGUGUCGGAAUCAUGUCGUCUACUCACGGUGUAUCGCAUCAAGACCGUGCUCGACUUGCCUUGAUGCUGGAGUCUCGGUAUCGAGGAGAGUUACCGCCAAGAGAGAUGGAAUUCCGCGAUGCACUGCGAUCACUAAUUACUCCAGAGGAAGUUUGGUGGACUACUUACCUAGGCAGAAUCGGAUAUAUGAUCACUCGUCUAUAUCCAUCCGGAGAAAUCGACCCAGUGAAGCCCAGAGUCGUGUUUUCAUCCGAAUGGGCAUGGAACUUGGGUAAAAAGAAGAACAAGGAGGGAUUAGUGUUGACGAUAUCAAUACAGAAGAAGAAGGACGAUCCUGCAGAGCUAAAACAUGCACUGGAGGAAAAUGUUAAUGUCAUCCAGAGAGUUGGUAAGAAGAAGCACUGGAUAGGAAAGGAAGAUCCUUGGGGCAUGAAGGUGAAAGUUGAAGUGGUCGAAGAAGGGAUUUUGGAGGCCCCAGAAUGA